CCACAUUCUGUAAGCAUGGCACUACUCAAAGUCAAGUUUGACCAGAAAAAGAGAGUCAAGUUGGCCCAGGGGCUCUGGCUCAUGAACUGGCUGUCAGUUUUGGCUGGCAUCAUUCUCUUCAGCCUGGGGCUGUUCCUGAAGAUUGAACUUCGGAAGAGGAGUGAGGUGAUGAAUAAUUCGGAGAGCCACUUCAUACCCAACUCUUUGAUCGGGGUGGGAGUGCUAUCCUUUUUCUUCAACUCUCUGGCUGGUAAGAUCUGCUAUGAUGCUCUGGACCCUGCCAAAUACACCAAGUGGAAGCCCAGGCUCAAGCUGUACCUAGCCAUCUGUGUCCUCUUCAACACUGUCCUUUUGCUUGUGGCUCUCUGUUGCUUUCUGCUACGGGGUUCCCUGGAGAGUACCCUGGCCUACGGGCUCAAGAAUGGCAUGAAGUAUUACCGAGACACCGACACCCCAGGCAGGUGCUUCAUGAAGAAGACCAUUGACAUGUUGCAGAUCGAGUUCAAGUGCUGUGGCAACAACGGCUUCCGGGACUGGUUUGAGAUUCAGUGGAUCAGCAACCGCUAUCUGGAUUUUUCCUCAAAGGAAGUCAAAGAUCGAAUCAAGAGCAACGUGGAUGGCCAGUACCUGGUAGACGGUGUCCCCUUCAGCUGCUGUAACCCCAACUCACCUCGGCCCUGCAUACAGUACCAGCUCACCAACAACUCUGCUCACUACAGCUAUGACCACCAGACAGAGGAGCUGAACCUCUGGCUGUGGGGCUGCAGGGCAGCCCUGCUAAGUUACUACAGCAGCCUCAUGAACUCCAUAGGUGUUGUCACACUCCUCGUCUGGCUCUUUGAGGUGACCAUCACGGCUGGGCUUCGCUACCUGCACACGGCGUUAGAGAGUGUGUCCAACCCAGAGGACCCUGAGUGUGAGAGUGAGGGCUGGCUCCUGGAGAAGAGUGUGCCAGAGACCUGGAAGGCCUUUCUAGAAAGCUUUAAAAAGCUGGGCAAGAGCAACCAGGUGGAGGCAGAAGGAGCAGACACAGGACCCGCCCUAGAGGCUGGCUGAUGGCCUGGGGGCUUCUCCCCUCCUGGACACUUAG